AUGGUUCAUGCAGAUAUGAGAUUUGGGCCAUCCUCGAAAAAGCCGAUAAAAACGACGAUGUCGAUGAUCCUAAUAAUGUUGAUGAUGAUGCAGUUGAGAUUUGGAUUAGGGAUAAGAUUCGAGAUAAAAAACGAAGAAUGUUUGUCACACAACGUGGUUUACUCCGGCGAGACUAUUCAUGUCUCAUUUGUCGUCAUCAAAGCUGAUGCUCCUUGGAGUUAUGGCCAUGAAGGUGUUGAUCUCCAGAUAAAGGACCCUACGGGCGAGCUGAUACACGAAUUUCACGACAAAACGAGCGACAAGCACGAGUUUGUGGCUGGGAAAAGUGGUCUCUACCGGUUUUGCUUCACGAACAAGUCUCCUUUUCAAGAGACCAUUCAUUUUGAUGUUCUUGCCGGUCAUUUUCCGUACCAUGAUCAGCAUGCAAAAGACGAGCAUUUCAACCCCUUGCUAGAACAGAUAUCUAAGUUAGAAGAAUCUCUGUACAACAUCCAAUUCGAGCAGCAUUGGCUAGAGGCACAGACUGAUCGUCAGGUGCUCGUAACCUUAGCGAAAUCUAAUCAGAUGAUGGUUUUUUUUGUUCUCGAAUGCUUGCUUGCAGUGAAUGAAGCUAUGAGCCAAAGAGCAGUUCACAAGGCGUUUUGCGAGUCAUUGGCCCUCAUAGGAGUCAGUUGCCUUCAAUUUUUCCUCCUUCGACUCCUUUUCGAGCAAAAGCUUGGAUCAUCAAGAGUCUAG